AUGAUUCGAUGGAUGCUUGAUGAAUUUCGGAAACCUGGUUUCCUUUGGGUCUUCGAACCUGAUAAGGAUCCUUUCAAUGGGAAACUUCGAGAUGAAAACACUGCAUUGUACCGGCCACUCGGCAAUGUUCCUUUCAACAUGGGGGUUGAAGGUCUUUGUGGCUGCACAAUAUUGGUCAUCGUUUCUAGAGAAGCGAUCUACUUUGCACAUUUCUUUGAAAGCCUUUCUUGGAGUCCUGAUGAGGACAUAUUAAAAGAAAGAGGAUUUCCAACCAUCGAUGAAAAUUUCCAGUCGUCAGUGAUUGAAUUUUUAAGAACUGGAAGAGACUGGCCCGAUGAGAAACUAGAAGUCAAUCAGAAUGAGAAAUUGGCAGAUCACACAGCCAGCUUUCUACCAGAACUUGGAACACGGGCAUUUAUUCUGACUCCUCAAAACCAGGAGAAUGCAGCAGCGGUAAAUGGGGCAGAUGUAGAUGGAAAUGUCAACUACCUUGAUGGGCUACUAUACCAAGAUCUGGUCGAUCUGCUCAUCGUAGGUGUCAGGGAAAUGAUUGGAGUCGAUGCCAGUGCUUUCUCUUACCAGGCACUGGAUGGGCAAGACGAGCGCCAUGAGACAACGGCAAGGGGAAGGGCUCUCUUUCAAUAUGAUCACCGGGCAAGUCGGGGGUCCCCUACAAAUCGAGGCUCCAGGUUGAUCUUCCAGGGAAUUGACAUCGAUAUUACGUUGGAGGGACGCCGAAUGCUUUUCCCCAAGGGCGUAGUCCAUGAGGACUACUGGCCCCCACAAGAAGACAGAAGCAAUCCAGACGAUGACUCGGAUCGAGUGCUAUCUGACAGUCCCAUCCAGCAGGAUUCGUCUUCGAUUUGUGGUGGUCAGACAUACAUACCUAGCAACUAUACUUGCUACGGUAACCAGUUGUGUCCGAUACUUGAUGGAGUACCUACCUUGCUAUGUGGUAUCCAGUGCUAUCUGGAGUCGCUUUAUACGUGUUGGGACUCGUUCCUUUGUCCUGUGAUAGAUGGCGUUCCCACGCUGCGCUGCGGCGAAGACUGUUAUCUGCCUACGCAAUACAGCUGUGAAUCUUCGCAUCUCGUGCAAAAAUUGUCUCCGGAUGCAAAUUCUAAAGAUCCCGAGGACCCAGGGAAUCCUCAUCAGUCUGCAAGCACCCAGCAGUCCGAGAGUACCCAACAGUCCGAGAGUACUAGCCAGCAGUCCGAGAGCGAAGUCACCACAUCGAGCACAGUAACUACCUGGCCGGGAGCUCAGGGAAUAGAGGUAGUCUUUGACGGGACUAUAUACACAAUUGCCACCCAGCCCACCACAUUCACUAAUAAUGGCAUGCCUGUCAUCAUUGGAUCAGGAGGUCUAACUAUUGGGUCAGACAUAAUACCACUGCCAGUUCUCACGGGUGAACCCACAGCGUUUACCACUGAUGGAGUUGUCUUUACUGUUUGGCCUCCAGGCCAUCGCGUUACACCCACUGUUGUGCCUUCGACCACAGCAGCUCCAGGUCCAUUACCUACAACUGUGACUCCCAGCCCGACGACAGCAAAAACUUCAAGUUCUUUCGAAGAACCGACGAGUACUAUUAUUACAAUUACAGCCAUCGACAAUUCCAGUACCACUGAGGUUACUUUCACUGCCUCUACCCUUACUCCAUUGACGACAUUGACGAGCACAUCAACAAUCACCACGAGUAUCGACGGUGAGCUGACAACAAUUGUAGUUGGCCCAGGGGGUAUGGCUUGGAUUCCUACACAUCCCAGCGCAAUUACUUCUGGAUUUCCUCCAGUGCCAUUUCCUUCUCAACCACCAUCCCCGGGUUCAACAGGCACAAGCAUUUUGCCCACCGAAACGUCGAAUUCGGGCACUUUUCCCCCAACUAGUACUGCGACGCCCAAUCCAUUCCCUUCUUCUCAAUUUACGGUUCCAGUGGUCAUCACAACCACUAUCACAACGGAUGGACCCGAGGGCCCUAUCACAAGUACUAUAACUGGAACCACCGAUUCGACUGGGUUUGUGAAUCCCAUCACCACAAUGUCGACCCCAGCAGCCAUAGCAUCUGCAAUUUCGCUAUCGUCUCGCAUCAUGAGUGCUUCAAGUGUCAUCGACUCCUUUUCUGCAAAUCCAGCAGAUGCUUCAAGCGCAAGUUCAGCCAUCGCUGCAAUCGAGACUUCAAAGACUGGCAAGUCAUUCCAUUCCUGUGGCAUCGCUUCAACACUACAAGACCUUGCAGGAAAAAUUCCUAGUGUGUUUGGGGGAUCAUCUCCGCCAUCGGCAAUCGAUGGGCCACUCACCGAGCUGGCUAGUCUCGCCGAUGCUCUUGGAAAUCAAGCCAAAAAAGCCAGCCACGGCUCAGAUACAACGACCUCACCCUCCUGUACGGGCACAAUUCUCACGAACUGCGAUGUCUUCUGCCUGGGUGGAACGACUUCGACUGCAGGUAGCACUAUCACCACAAAGUCUUGCUAUUCCACUACGUGUAGUGUUGAAACUCAAUGCGGAGGCUCUGCUGUCACUUCGACUUCAUACGAAUAUCUAUAUUGCCCCACGACUGUGGGCCAGGAAACUAUGUCACUCUAUUCGUAUCCGGGGUUCAAGUUUGAUCCGAUCAUCACGGAUUUUGGAGACGAUUCGUCAUCAACUGGAACGACUACAAGCAGUGAUAUUAUGACGACUGAAUUCACUUCGACGAGUGAGAUUAUCACGACGAGCCAGUCUACCACAACGAGCGAGUCUACCACAACGAGCGAGUCUACCACAACGAGCGAGUCUACCACAACGAGCGAGUCUACCACAACGAGCGAGUCUACCACAACGAGCGAGUCUACCACAACGAGCGAGUCUACCACAACGAGCGAGUCUACCACAACGAGCGAGUCUACCACAACGAGCGAGUCUACCACAACAAGUACGACCACCACAACCAGCUCUCCUAGCGCGAGCCCUACCUCAAUCCCGAGGGAUUAUGUAUCCAAUUGCAAUGCAUUCUCACAUUCAGGUCCUAAUGAUGGCGAGACCUGUGCCUCUUUCGCCAAAACUUUCGAUAUAUCUGUUCAGCAUCUUUUCGAUUGGAACUACUCACUUCAGCCUGCUGAUGCAAAUCACCUCAGCCAGAGCCCACGGCGACAAAAUGCGACACCUAUAAAGACUGUCCUCGAUGUGAAGAGGGGUCGUAUCGCUGCUGCUUUUCUGGAUGCAGUGGAAUGA